AAAGUCACAUGACAUACAAAAUGGCGGACAACAGUAAUUGACAGAAUGAAUGUAAGAAUAAAAUAUCUGUUUUAAACAUUUGGGUGAUGGCAAGUGACCACAUUACAAUGGAGAACGACCAAGUGGAUGGACCGGGGACGAGCGCUGCACUCCCAAGGGUCAAGAAGACGCUGGGUAAAUCGGGAACUGCCGUACAGGAACCGAAGGAAGCUGACAGCAACUUUGCCGCAGAUGAUGAGUACAGCUUCCUGGCUGCUGGCAGAGAUUUUGAGUCUAUGAACACAACCCACGUGUACACAGAUCAGGAGCGUCAAACUCUGGCUGCAUAUGAAAGUCUGGAUUACCUCCCCUCACACAGCGAUAUCUACAAAACCUGGCUGAAGAAACAGAGAGUUUCUAUUUUCCAGCUGGAUGUGUGGUUUAUGAUGGGCCUUAUUGGGUUCUGUAUUGGGCUCAUUGGCUUCGUUCUUCACCAGCUGAUAGAGAAGAUUGCCGCCACCAAGUGGACCAUCACACAAAAAUAUAUAGAGGAUGGUGAGUUACCAACUGCAUGCUUGUUUGCGACGGGAUACAGUGUGCUCUUUAUCCUCUUCAGUGCUGGGAUUGUCAUUUACCUGCGGCCCUGUGCUGGAGGCUCUGGUAUUCCGGAGAUCACAGGUUUCCUGAACGGCACAAAUGUUCGGCACAUCUUCAACAUUAAGACAAUGGUGGUGAAGUUUCUGUCGUGUGUCGCCUGUGUGGGCUGUGGGCUGCCUGUAGGGCCCGAGGGACCAAUGAUACAUCUUGGAGCGUUGAUAGGAGCGGGUGUGAGUCAGUUUCGCUCCGAGACACUGGGUAUUAAACUGCCAAUUCUGGAGAAGUUCAGAACCUCGGAGUCCAGGAGAAACUUCAUAACUGCGGGAGCUGCGGCAGGGGUGGCCUCGGCAUUCGGAGCGCCGGUGGGCGGGCUACUCUUCUCCAUGGAGGAAGUAUCAUCGUUCUGGUCCGUCACGUUAUCAUGGCAAAUAUUCUUCUGCUGUAUCAUAGCAACAUUCACAACAGACCUCUUCAACUCAGCAUUUAAAGACUUCAACUACACUGGAAGUUUUGGAGAAUUUAAAACAAACAGAUAUAUCUUAUUCCAGAUUGACCAGGGAGUUGAUGUCAAUAUUGUGAUGUUCUUGCCAACUGUGAUCAUUGGAGUUAUUGGGGGAUUGCUUGGUGCGGCAUUCACGAUCGUGAACCUGAAGAUUGUGCGAGGGAGAAGUACUCUUCUUCACAAGAUACAGCGAGAUUGGGUCCAGAAACUCUGCAAACUCCUAGAACCCUGCAUCAUCAUGAUACUAGUGACAGUGUUUUCCAUCCUCGUUCCCAAGGCCUUUGCUUGUUCCAAGUUCACAUGUAUAGAGGGCAGAAAUGGAGACCCCACUUAUGGUUGCUAUAAUGACAGUCGUAACCAUCUGCAUGUUGACCCAGAGGUGGUGCGCUACUCGUGUUCCCAGGGGAAACCUUACUCGAUCUCCAAUACAACAUUCUACACCAACUCAACUUACAAUGAAGUUGCCUCUCUGCUGUUUGGUACGUUGGAAGAUGCAGUGACGUUCCUGUUCUCUCGCGACACCCACCUCGAGUUUAACUACGCGUCUCUGUUCUCCGUCCUUCCUUUCUACUUCCUGGCAGUGCUGUGGGCGUGCAGUACUGCCGUGGCAUGCGGGGCUCUCGUACCCAUGCUGAUGGUGGGUGCAGUGUAUGGUCGUAUUGUUGGUCGUUUGAUGGUGACCUUGUUCGGGGUUCACCAGGCGGGCUACUGGGAGUGGAUGGACCCCGGGGCCUUCGCCCUCAUUGGGGCCGCAUCAUUCUUCGGAGGUGUCACUAGGCUCACCCUGGCAACAACUGUAAUAAUGAUGGAGCUGACAAACGACGUGCAGGUGUUGUUGCCUGUGAUGGUGUCUGUGAUGGUGGCCAAGUGGGUGGGGGAUUUCUUCACUCACCCCAUCUACCACGCCCUUCUAGAGCUCAAAUGUAUCCCCUUUUUGGAUCCUGAGCCCCGUGUCACUGUUGAUAAAAAACAGCUGCAGUUAGAGCUGUACACGGCCGGGGACAUCAUGUCACACCCCGUGAUCUCGGUCCGGUGCCAUGAGCUCAUCACCACACUUUCCCACCUCCUCUUAGAGACCUCCCAUGGUGGCUUCCCCAUCAUCAAGAAGGGACGGGAUGGUGAGGAGCACUUCUACGGACUAAUUACCAGGUUGGAGUUGACUGUGAUCCUAAUGAAUGAGGACUUGUUUGUGCCGGCCCAGGAUCUAGAGGACUCGGACACGGCAUCCUUAGGCUCACACGAUGUGAACUGGAUAGAGUUUGACCAGCUGAACAUCCACAAACUCAACAAUCCUGAGGAGACAAGCAGAGUUCUCAACAAGUACCUUGAUGAUCCAAAAUAUAAUAAUCUCUGUCUCGACCUCAUGCCAUACAUCAACCAGUCAGCCAUGUCAAUCCAGGAGAAGUUCUCGUUGAAGCGUAUGUAUGUCAUCUUCCGUACCCUCGGCCUGAGACACCUCGUUGUCACCAACAGUCGCAACAUCGUCAAGGGCAUUAUUACGCGUAAAGACCUGAUGGGAUUCAGUAUCCAAGAGAGACUUACGAACAAGAUCCUCAGUGAUCAUUCUCUGAACGGUACGGUGGAGUUACAUGCUGUUGCCAGUUCAGAUAAUAAAUGUGUUUGAUGUUUGGUGCUUAUGUAGGAGUGCUUGUAAUAGUCAUAGGACAGCCAUCUUGGUCAGCCUUGGUCAGCCAUCUUGGUCAACCUUGGUCAACCAUUUUGGUCAACCUUGGUCCGCCAUCUUGGUCAACCUUGGUCAGCUGAAUUGGUCAGCAUUGAUCAACCAGCCUUGGUCAACGUUGGUCAGCCAUUUUGGUCAGCCAAUCUUGUUCAACCUUGGUCAGCCAUCUUGAUCAACCUUGGUAAGCCAUCUUGGUCAGCAUUAAAAAGAUGAUCUCUUAGAAUUAAAUGCUUGUCAGUUUUAGAGAGCAACUUCAUUUCAUUUUUAUAACAAAUGUUUUUGAAUAGUUAUAGAUAAAAGCCAAUAAUGUCCAAAUGUAUGAGCUGUUUCUGUAUUCUUUGUCACAAUGUAUCAUGAAGAACUUUCCUGCUAAACAUGUAGUUUGAGGUCCAAAACUUAUUUUUGCUUUUCAGCUAUUAAAGAUGUGUUUGUAAUGUGUGUUAUUCUUUGUAUCAUACUUCCAUAUCAUUCAAUAUUUAUUUGCUCAAAAAUCAUUUAGUUCUCUUCCAUCCAAUUUUAAUGUUCUUUUGUGCAAGGGCUUUUGUAAUUGUAAGUUUGUUAUUUUCAACUUUGAUAUAAUUCUCCAAAAUAUCAAUUACGUAUUUCUUGUAUCAUACAAAUGUAAUAUAACUUGAAUUGACGUCAUUUCACCCUACUAACUUUGCGUCAAACUUUUUACCAAAAUGAAUAAACUCUAUAUUUUGGCGCGAUGACUGUGACUUGUGAUAAUUUGAAUCUUAACAUUCUUUGGAAUUAAAAGGCUAACAGUACAGGAUUAAGCAAAAAAAGAAGACGUUAAUUUUAAUGCAUUUUCAUGUUCAACUCAUAUUUAAUGAUAAAAAAGCAAAUAAAUUUGGUACAGAUAAAAAAAUAUUUAUCAUUAUAAAUGUUUGUUUUAAAUUAGUUGCUAUGUUGCAACAAAAUCCCAAGUAAUAAAGCACCAGAAUGUUGUGUGUUAUUCAUUCUGCACCUAAAUCAUAUGCUUUUUUUGUUUUAAUCAUUAAUUUAGAUGAGUUAAACAUGAUAAUGCAUUAAAAAAUUUAAAAAAUUGCAUCAACCUAUAUUGUGCGCAUUUAAUAUAAAAACUAUUUUUAUAUAUUUUUUGUGUGAAAUGGGAAGUCAUGUAAGAUCCCAUAAUUUUAUGAACUGGUAUUCCAUAAAAAAAGUUUAAUUACAGUUUAAUACUGCUAUUUCAAGAUAUUUUAGCCAAAACAAAUUCAAAAUGUAUAAAAACUUGAUAAGAAGAUUGUUUCAUUGAACAUGAUUGUUUAAUUGUUCAUUUAAGCUUGUGAUAUACAUGUUGUUAUCCCUGUUUGUUUUAUUUUCAGUUUAUGAAUAUCAGAGAUUGUAAGUCAGAAAAGUGUGGUACUAAUGUUGGAAAGUUUUCAGUUUCUUUCUUAACAUUAAGGAAGAUGACUUUAUUUAUUGUUUGUUCUACAUAAGAUGUAAACCAGUGUUUGCGCUGUCAGAUUAGGAGAUAUUAGUGCUCACUCAGUUGAAAUCCUUCGGCCCGUUUCAUAACUUUCUAUGGUCUGUAUCAUUUAUAAACAUCACAAAUGUCAAAAGGUUGAUUAUUUAUAUUUCUUCAAUGUUGUUUUCAUUUAUAAUACUGGCUUAAGUUCAAUUCACACAAAUAUGUUGAAAAGUAAUGAAAAUAGGACACCAAGAUAAUUUCAAUUCACGACUAAAUAUUUUCUUGAAAUGGGCCCCAGGCAACAAUUGCUCGAAUAAUAUUAAGUGUAACACAUUUUUUUAUCUUGUUUUAUGUAGUGGAAUGGCUCGCUUAAAGUUAGUUUUACCAAUAAAUGAUAGUUUAAUUGUGAUUUUCUUUAAAAUAAUACCAAUUUUACUACGGUAAACACCUCCAGAAACAGUUUAUAAAUAAUUCUGUUAUUCAUUUUUCUACUUUAAGAAUGUACAUGUGGAAUGUCUCACUUGAUUUAAGGGAUAAAUCAUCUCGAUAAUGGAUAAAGUCAAUUGAUUUUAUAUUUAAUAAUGGUAUUGUUAACAUUUGUUUUAUGUAACAAUUACAUGUGUUGUUUUCUAAUAUGAUUUGCCAGUGUGUGCCAACAUUAAUACUGUUACAUUUCCUUGUUAUUUAGGUGUAAAAUAUAAUCAUUGUUUGUUUCCAACUAAUCUGACCAACUUCUUUUUCCCCCCAGGACCAUACAUCUGUUUUUUUGCUGUAGUGUGGAUUUUUUGUCAUAAUUUCCUAAAUAUUAAUCAUUUUUGGAGAGUAUAUGUAAGCAUUUGACCAUUUUAUUUCUAAAAAAACUAUUUCUUCACAGUGCCGAAGCUACACUGAGGGCAUAUAACAAUUUCUAUAGCUCUAAAAGGAAAUCGCUUCCAGGUGGGUGGGGGGGGCAAUCCCCCAGUCCCCCAUAGACCGUUCUGCCUCGGUGUUUGUUUAAGUCUGGCUACGGCACUGCUUCAAUAGUUAUAUACCCUGAUAUAGGUCGGUUUGGUAAUGAAUUCCGGUUCUCAAAAAAAAAGAUUUGAUUAAGAAUAAAAGUUAUGCCUAGCUACAUGUGCCUACCCUAUUUUGUUGGAGAUGUAAGUGGAAACAAAGAAUGUUUUAUUUUGGCCUUACAAUAUCCAUUUUUAUGUAUAAUAAUUGUUUUAUAUUUUAUUCUUAGAAUUCAAUUGUUUAUGUAUAUUUUAUUUGCUCUACUUAAGUGACUUUGCCUUAGAAUAUGUAUAUAGAGUAAUGCAUAAACUAAGUUUUACGUAGUGUUCUUAAUGUAUGCUGUUCGAAAUUGCUUUGCUACAUGUAUUUUGUGGACUUGAGAUUAAAGGGAGAACUUAAUGAUAGAGAGGUUGCAGAUUACUACAUGUACAGGUGUAUGUGUGGACUACUUGUACAGGUGAAUGUGUGGACUACUUGUACAUAUGUAUGUGUGAACUACUUUUUGUGCACUUUAUCAUCCAGGUAUGUGUUCAUUGCACAAACUUAGAAUUGCAUGUAAGCCAGCACAAAGAAAGAGAUUAAAGAAUGGCAUGUACCCUAAUGCCAGCACAAGGAAAAGGUUUAAUGCUAGUAACAGCAAGGCUAUAAGUACAAGUUCAAAAUGAAUUUUCACAACCAACUUUGAAACUUAACUAGAACUGUUACAUGUGACAUGUGCGUAUAAUUACACAAAGAAGUUCACAUACACACUUUGCAGCCUCUCUUUUAUCAAGCCUUCCCACAUGGAAUACACAGUGACCAUUCAACUUAUUGAAAAAUAAGUGAUAAAUAGCUUUUUACCUGAUUUGAAUUUGAAGAAAAGAUAACGCUUUUACACCAAUAUAUAAAAAUAAGCAAGAAAAGAGUCUAAACAAUAAUUCAUUUAAAUAAAUCUUAUGAAAAAUAGAGGGUAUUUAAAAAUAUCAAUUGUUAAAAAACAAUAAAAAAAACUGAGUUGAAAACUUUCACAAAAAAGCUUUAUAGAUAUGAACCCAGUUGUUUCUUUUGUCCGAGUGCUGUGUCAUGACUGCUAGAAUAUAGUGAAGCAAUAUCAACUUGAAGUACAUAUUUCAAAUAACUUGCCACAACAUUAUUCAAUAUUCAAGUCCAAACAAAUAUAUUCUCUUGCCAUUUCUUAAAACCCAUUUUUUUCAGUGUUGUAAGGUUAAUUCAGGUUAAUAAGAAACUAUGUACCCCCAAUACCUGCUUGUAACAUGAACAGGGUUGUGUUAAGAUGAAACUAUGUACUCCAAUACCUGCUUGUAACAUGAACAGGAUUGUGUUAAGAAGAAACUAUGUACUCCAAUACCUGCUUGUAACAUGAACAGGAUUGUGUUAAGAUGAAACUAUGUACUCCAAUACCUGCUUGUAACAUGAACAGGAUUGUGUUAAGAAGAAACCAUGUACUCCAAUACCUGCUUGUAACAUGAACAGGGUUGCAUUAAGAAGAAACUAUGUACUCCAAUACCUGCUUGUAACAUGAACAGGGUUGCAUUAAGAAGAAACCAUGUACUCCAAUACCUGCUUGUAACAUGAACAGGGUUGCAUUAAGAAGAAACCAUGUACUCCAAUACCUGCUUGUAACAUGAACAGGGUUGCAUUAAGAAGACACCAUGUACUCCAAUACCUGCUUGUGACAUAAACCACAGGCACCAAAGUUUCUUUUUUGUAUAUCAAAGACACUUAAUAUCUUCAGAUGUGUUGUUUAUCACAUUGUAUGUACCCAAAAUAGUUUUAAACAACAUUUUAGUGACAAACAAUGAUCCAGAUGCCUGUGACAUAAACAGGGUUGUGCAAUUGUGCUUACUGUUGAUAUCUUUAUUGCUAAAUAUAGCAUGUUUAUUAAAUAAACCAACAUAUUUUCUUAA